UGAUUGUAAUUGAAUCUUAUUACAACAUCUAUCCAAGGAAAGAAAAGCAACCCUUCCUUCAUCUUUCAAGAAUCUUCAGGCUUCGAGCAUAGCAGCAAUGGAUGCUGAAGAUCCCGCCUUCAAAAUAAAUGUUGGGGAAUCACCGGUUUAUUCGUGCAAGGCUCAUGUCUUUCAAAUCGACCCCAACACCAAGAAGAGCUGGAUUCCUUGCUCUAAACAAGCAGUUACCGUAUCAUUUUACUAUGACAAGACCAAGGAAACUCAUCGAAUCAUAUCCGUGGAUGGUAGCAAGGCCAUCAUCAAUAGUACAAUAUUUCCUAACAUGAAUUUCACCAAGACAUCCCAGAAGUUUGGUCAGUGGUCUGAUCCUAAAGUAAACAGUGUUUUUGGAUUAGGAUUCCCUACAGAGGCUGAGCUGAAUAAGUUUGCCGAGAUGUUCAAAGAAGCAAGAAGUUCCAGCACAUCUCUUGCUAACACCAGUCGGCCUUCCAGUGGGUCGUCAUCACCCCAAACCACAGGUACCUCUACCCAGAACAACCUAGCAACUGUGAGUGGGGUGAGAGAUUCACCCACCCCUCAACAAGGAACUCAAACCUCUUCAGUAAGAAGUGGCUCAUCCACCAGUAGCAUUGAGUUUGAAAAGCAGAGAAGUGUAGAUGCUGAUUCUAAUCAUGAAAGUGCAUCUAGGAAGAUAUCUCUUCCUCCUUCAUUUAAAUUAACAUUAGAUAAAGAUGAGAGUAGAGAAUCUCCUGGAAUCAGCCACAAACCAGUUGGUAAUACUGAAGCACAUCUCAAGUAUGAAAACGACAGGCUCAAAAUGGCUUUGGCACAAAGUUCUACCAAUGCUAAGAAAUGGGAAACUGAACUACAGACAUUAAAGAACAACAAUGCAAGACUGACAGCUGCCCUGCAAGAGAGUACAGCUAAUGUAGAAGAAUGGAAGAAACAAUUGAAUGCUUAUAAAGAAGAGAGUAUUAGACUAAGAAAAAAGGUACAAGAAUCCGAGUCAUCCAACCUGAAUGCUGAUGUGUUCAAUAAUGUACAACAAGAAAAAAUGGCACUAGAAGGUAGAAUUAUCCACUUGGAGAGUGUAAAUAAGGAGAAGGAAGAGGAGGUAACAGCACUGAAACACACAAAUAAUGAAUUAAAAAACCAAGUCAAGGUGUGCAGGGGUGAAAAUGAAGAACUUCAACAAAAAGUGAAGGAAUUAGAAGACAAAUUGAGAGAAUCAUCCAUUAAUGCAUCCAAAGCCGAUGAACUGACAUCCUUACAUCAAGCAAUUCAAGCCAAACUAAAUGAGUUGAAUACGCUGAAUCAGAGAAUACCCAGUAUUGUGCAGAAUUAAAAGAUUAUGAGAGAAAAGAAAUAUGCUACAUGUCAAAAUACCAUUAACAUAGCCCAUGUGUUAUAUUGUUUGGAUGACAAGUAAUUGAUAGGGUAAUAAUAUAUAGAUACUAUGAACAUUGGUGCAUUUAGGUGUUUAUAACACCAUACUGCAUUACUAUCACUAACACUCUUUGACAAUCAGACCAGGGGAGGAUCAAGGAUUUUGUUCAGGGAGGGGUGCUGCACACAAAGUUAACCCAUGGAGGGGUGCACCCCUUAGAAUUGAAGGUAAAAAAAGUAUUGGUUUUCUUCGAAGUAGGGGCAUAAGGUGGAACCAAGGAGGGGUGCGCACCCCCUGCAUCCCUCCCCUGGAUCCGCCCCUGCAGCCUCGUGCCCCAUAGCCUAAUUCAUAGAAGACGGGGGGACUGUAGGUAUUUUGGAUCAUGUGUUUUGGUAUUGCUCUUAAUUUAUGUCAGUAGUGAGUAAGUGUUACACUGACUGUUACAUUAUUACUGUUUAUUAAUAAUUUGCAGAUUUUAGGUGGACUUCUUUUGCCAGUGAGAUUUUAAUUACUAGUUAUCAAUGACAACCUGUUUUUGUUUGGAAGUGAAAUGAGUUUUACUAGAAUUCAGUUAUACCUGAAUGUAUAUAGCAAGCCAAAUGUAGCAAUAUUUCAAUGGAUAUUCAAGGUCAAUUCAAAGGUAAUUUAAUAUCAAUGAAUAUCCAUUGAAUUGACAUCGAAGUACUAUUAACCAUAAAUAUAUUGAAUCAUGACCUAGUAAACAAUAUUAGAUUUAUAUGAAAUAAAUGUGUGUACAAUA